GCAACGGGUUUGCCGCCAGAAUACAGGUGUUGGUGAAAAACAUCUCAAAACCUAAACCAAAAUGGGAAAGGAAAAGACCCAUAUCAACAUUGUCGUUAUUGGACACGUCGACUCUGGCAAGUCAACCACUACUGGUCACCUGAUCUACAAAUGUGGUGGAAUCGACAAAAGAACCAUCGAAAAAUUUGAGAAGGAAGCUGCUGAGAUGGGGAAGGGCUCCUUCAAGUAUGCCUGGGUCUUGGAUAAACUGAAAGCUGAACGUGAGCAAGGCAUCACCAUUGAUAUCUCCCUGUGGAAAUUUGAGACCAGCAAGUAUUAUGUGACCAUCAUUGAUGCCCCAGGACACAGAGACUUUAUCAAAAACAUGAUUACAGGAACCUCACAGGCUGACUGUGCUGUCCUGAUUGUUGCUACUGGUGUUGGAGAAUUUGAAGCUGGUAUCUCUAAGAAUGGGCAGACCCGUGAGCAUGCCCUUCUGGCUUACACAUUGGGUGUGAAACAGCUAAUUGUUGGUGUUAAUAAAAUGGAUUCCACUGAGCCACCCUACAGCCAGAAGAGAUAUGAGGAAAUCGUUAAGGAAGUCAGCACCUACAUUAAGAAAAUUGGCUACAACCCUGACACAGUAGCAUUUGUGCCAAUUUCUGGUUGGAAUGGUGACAAUAUGCUGGAGCCAAGUGCUAACAUGCCUUGGUUCAAAGGAUGGAAAGUUACCCGUAAGGAUGGCAAUGACAGUGGAACCACAUUGCUUGAAGUUCUGGAUUGCAUCCUGCCACCAACUCAUCCAACUGACAAGCCCCUGCGUCUGCCUCUCCAGGAUGUCUACAAAAUUGGUGGUAUUGGCACUGUCCCUGUGGGCAGAGUGGAGACUGGUGUUCUCAAA